CUUCCUUCAGAGAGAAAACAUUCGUUGGCCUUCAAAAGAUUUGUGUUUGGACCUCUUUGCAUACGGUUUAUCUCAUUCUGCUGUUUGAUGGUGAAAAUGCUACAAGGAAUGGAUAUAUCAGAGUACACUCGAAUUGUUUUCGACAAACUUCAAAAAUUGGAACCAGAGCAUGCCACAAAGAUAAUUGGAUACCUCCUUGUUCAAGAACAUGGCGAGGAACAGAUGAUUAAAUUGGCUUCAUACCCAGACCACCUGAUCCGUGAAGUCGCUUUCAAAGCCAAAACCGAAUUCCAGAUACUAACCACACUUCCAGAUCUAAGGCACUUAAUCACCCUCCAACUUUCCUCUCCUUCUUGGGAUCAUCACUCUUUCUCGGAACUUCAGAAGCAGUUCGAAAUAUUCGAAACAAGAAUGGCAAAUGAUUACUGCAUUGCAGAUGCCUUGCCUUGCAAGUUAAGAGGCGGAAGGAGGUUUUCGAACGAGUUUCCGGUGAAAACCUGUCACUAUUUCAACAAAGGCUAUUGCAAGCAUGGAGCUAGUUGUCGCUAUUAUCACGGACAGGCUGGCAACGAGAUGUACGGAAGCUACGACUAUUCUUCUUCUUCUUCUUCGGUUCAGGGGGAUCAAGUGAUUUCGGCAGGGUCUUUGGCGAAUUUGGAGACGGAAAUCGUGGAGCUGUUGAAAUCAAGAAAAGGAAGUCCGAUUUCGAUAGCUUCGCUUCCAAUGGCGUACUAUGAGAAGUAUAACAAGGUACUGCAGGCUGAAGGUUAUCUUACUGAGAGCCAGAGACAUGGUAAGUCUGGUUAUAGUUUGACCAAGCUUCUUGCAAGAUGGAAGAAUUGCAUUCGCGUAUUUGACAGGUCAUUUCUUAAACCUUUAACAUCUACUCCAACAACAUUCUUAUUAUUCUUGCCUCAUGGGCAGCACGCAGUGGUUUUGGCAGAAGAUGCUCCAAAAUACAUAGGAAAGGGAGAGUUUGGUCAAAAUAUUAGUGCGUCAAGACAAAUAUAUUUGACAUUUCCAGCUGAUAGCACUUUCACAGAGGAAGAUGUUUCAAACUACUUCAACACCUUUGGGAGUGUUGAAGAUGUAAGGAUUCCAUGCCAACAGAGAAGGAUGUUUGGAUUUGUGACCUUUGUUGAACCAGAAACUGUUAAAAUGAUUUUGGAAAAGGGAAAUCCCCAUUAUGUUCGUGGCUCUAGGGUGCUUGUAAAACCUUACAAGGAGAAGCCAAAAGUUGAUAGGAAGUACGUAGAGAGGAUUGAGCACCCUGAUUGUUAUUCGUCUCGCUAUGUAGGUCUGGAUGCAGAGCUUACAAUUCCAAGAAGAUGCGGUAACCCUCAAGGCCUGAGGAGAUUCCUCAUUGAAGAGCAGGAGCAUGCUCUUGAAUUCCAAAGAAGACGAAUUGCAGAGUUACAGCUAGGCCGAAAAUGGAUGUCGAAUUCACCCCAUUUUGGCUUUGACAUGGAGGAGCUAAAGGUUCCUGAUGAUCAUUUCAAUCAUCAGUCCACUGGAUCCUCCAGUAGUUAUGCUUCAACUGACAAAUCUGGAUAUACAAAAACAGAAGCUAACUAUACUGAUCAGGACAGCUGUGAAGGAUUGAAUCUCCCAGAAAGUCCAUUUGCAUUUCCGGUAGAUAAUGAAAUUUCAGCCAUGGUAUAAGUUUGGAACACAUUACAUGGAGAUAGAGUUAAAAUAAUUCUAGGCAAAAGACAACCUGUGUAGCUGAAGAGACAGUUUGAAUGGUGGAAGGAACUAACAAGUAAAAAUAACUUAGUAACAAAUAUUAUAAGACGGUUAUAAAUUUUACUCAUAGAAAGAUGCCAAAAGGUUUGUUUUUUAGAUGAUUUAGAUGGGGUUAUUUAAAAUUAAUCCCUGGGUUAAAAGUAAUUAGGUAUCAUGUACACUCUCUGUUAUACUUUUUAUCACUGGUGUAAUAAUUAUUGUUUAUACCAAGGCCAUAAUUAUUUGGUCAGGUUUGGUUUGGUUUUUUUGAGUGGCUUUUGGAUAUUACUAUU